AUGAGUGAAACACCUUCCAGCAGUUACUCGGCGAAUCAUCCAAACUCCUCGGAGAGUGAGCAAAGUUUAUCCGCACGCCAUUUCAACGUUACCGAACCUGUUGUUGCAAAACGGAUUUGUUUCUAUAAAAGUGGAGAUCCCCAGUUUAAUGGGAUCAAAAUGGUUGUUAAUAGCAGGUCUUACAAGACAUUUGAUGCCCUGCUGGAUAGUUUGUCCAAACGGGUCCCGUUACCUUUUGGAGUAAGGAAUAUUAGUACACCAAGAGGGAGGCACAGCAUCACCAAUUUGGAGGAUCUGGAAGAUGGAAAAUCCUAUAUUUGUUCCCAUCAGAGGAAAAUGAAGCCCAUCAACCUGGAACAGGCCAGCAAAAAGCCACUGCCCUGGCAGAUCAGCAGGCCUGUCAGUGCUCAUGGGUUUGGCCAUCGAGAAAGCAGAAUAACAACUCCCAAAAAGAUGCUUGUUUUCAAAAACGGGGAUGUAAGACUUAGGCGCACCGUAGUUUUGGGAAAGAAAAAUACACAAACAUUUGAGGCCUUUCUGGACUAUAUGAGUGAGUUAAUGCAAUAUCCAGUUGCAAAGCUCUAUACCACUGAUGGCAGAAAGGUUCCUAAUCUUCAGGCCCUGAUAUUGUGCUCUGGAGCUGUAGUCGCAGCGGGGAGAGAGCCUUUUAAACCAAGCAAUUAUGAAUCCCUUGGGUAUUUGCGACCUGCUAAAUUGCUUGGAAUUGGAAAUCGUGUGUACCCAAAAGCAAAUGCCAAGUCAGAAAGUGAAAAGAGUAAGAAAUGGAAUGUGUCAGUCCUCACCAGUGAUGUGCCAUCUGCAGGAACAAGCUCAAAGGUUUAUAUUGCAUUGUAUGGGGAUCGUGGCAGUUCAGGUCCUAUUUUUCUUGAUGGAGAGAAGGGAAAAUUAUUUCAGAGAGGCAAUGAAGACAUCUUCACAGUCAAUACUAGGAACAUAGGACAUCUCUACAAAAUACGUUUAGGACAUACAAAUGCAGGAAACUCCCCUGCCUGGCACUGCAAAGAGGUGCAGUUGCUGAACCUUUUCUCAGGGGAGCAGUUCUCUUUCCCUGCACGUCGAUGGCUGGCCAAGGACCAGGCUGAUGGGGAAAUAUCUGUGGAGCUUCCUGUUUUCCAGCAGGGUCAGCCUAUUCUUACAGUGACUGUCUACAAAGUGCAUGUGACAACAGGAGACCUGUGGAACGCUGGAACUGAGGCUGAUGUCUACAUUUCUGUCUAUGGAGAAAGAGGUGAUACAGGAUCAAGGCAGCUGCUCAGGUCACAGAAACCCAAGAAAUUUUUAAAAGGACAAACUGACAUCUUUGCUGUUGAAGCUGUGCACCUUGGAUGUUUGUACAAGAUUGUCAUAGGACACAAUGGGCUUGGAUCAGGAAAUGGAUGGUUUCUGGACAAAGUUGUAAUCAAGGAUCCUAUAACAGAUUUGGAUUAUACUUUUCUUUGUCACAGGUGGCUGGACCAGGGACAGGAUGAUGGCAAUAUUUCUCGAGAGCUGCCUGUGACAGAUGCCAGAAUGCUUCCGGGAAGACAAGAGCUGGAACUCAAGAGAGAAAAAACUUGGGCUGCAGAAAAGUGGAAAUUUCGGAAAGGCAUUACACUUCAAUUUUACAACAAGGUCACUCGUGGCUUCGUUUGCCUCUACCCAGAUAGCAGAGUUGAUACUCUUGGUGACAAGAAAAACAAAUAUGGUCUUUUUGAUGUAAAUGUCAAAAGGAGAAAUAUAUGUAUAUUCAGCAGUCAUCAAAUGCCAUCUCUUGCUCUUGCUCUUGUCAGUGGCCGUGUAACUGGAAAGGUAGGAAAUGCUGCCUGCUGCGAGCUUCGUGUCCACCUUCAAGCAAACAGCUGUGCCAUUCUUGAGUCAGCCAGCUGCCCAGGUCACACUGUGGCUUUCAACAUCCAAGGCAAAGUGGCUGAUGAAGCAGCAGGAUAUGCUGGGCUUUCCAGAGAAUUUGUCGUGCAUGUCAAGGGUGUGUUUCAUCAUGGUGCCAUCAUUCUGCUCAACACAAGUCUCUGCCAGGCUCUGUCCCUUAAACCUGAUGGGAGCUGCAGUGGAGCAGGUCAGCAGCAGCAGGAAUCCUACUGGAAAGUGCAUAAAAUCAGCUCUGGACUCUGCAUGUUUGAAAGUGUAAAAAAACCAAGAAUGUAUCUGAAGAUCCAAGAUGACCAGUGUGAUGGAACAGGCACGGGUGAUGAAUACUGUCAUUUUAAAAUUGAGAAGAAUUUGGAAAUGGGAUCUGUGAGCCUUGAAUCAGUGCGAAAUAAAGGGAUAUAUGUUGGUCUUCUGCCAGAUGGCCAAACUAAGCCAGUUGUUAACACUGGAGAGAGAAAUAUCUUUUUCUACCCACAGGUCAUCAAAUUUGGCCGGGAAAAGCCUAUGGGAACAUCUGCAGCACCCAAACAAGAAAAGAACGACUUCAGAGCAUCUCAAAUCCAACCAGCAAAAGCCCAGGAGCCAGUACCUCAAAGAGAUGAUGUCAGGUCCCAGCUUCCACUUAAUAGCUCAGAUGAAAUGAGAAAUCCCCAAGGUGGUGAGAGUCCCCUUCCUUCGGAUGAUGAAUGGAAAGUGUCAAUACUGACAGGAACUGCAGGAACUGAAGCAAGUGUUGCUCUUUGGAUAUAUGGAGACAGAGGAUUAACUGGACCCAUAACUCUUGGCAAGGACAACGGGAAGCAGCUGUUUUUUCCCAGGCAGGAAGAUGAAUUUCAGGUUAAAAUAAACAGCAUUGGGAAUAUCUAUAAGAUAAGAAUUGAACUUGAUGGAUUACCAGAUGAACAACCCGAGUGGAAUUUACAGAGGGUGAUCCUGCAACAUCUAAGGAGCAAGAAAAAACUGAAUUUUCCAGCAAACAUAUGGCUAUCAAAGAAUCGUGAUAAUAGAGAACUUCUGUGUGAACUUCCAGUAGUGGAAGCUGGAAAACCAAUCUAUCCAAUUGUUUUAUACCGUGUUUAUGUCCACACUGGUGACUUGGAGCAAGCUGGUACAGACUGUGCAGUUUAUUUGUGUAUCUAUGGAAAAAGAGGAGAUUCUGGUCUAAGACUUCUGCAUAAAACUGGUGCACCAGUGCCAUUUCAGAGAGGAAUGGUCAGCGGAUUUGCAGUGGAGGCUGUAUCCCUCGGGAAGCUGCAGAAGGUGCUGUUGCGCUGCCAGGCCAGCACCCCGGCCCAGCGCUGGUACUGUGAUAAAGUCGUCGUCAGAGAAGCUGGGAGCAACUCAGAAUAUGUUUUCAAUUGCGAAAGGUGGCUUCCAUUUAUGUCUCAAGGUAUAAUCCAUUCAGAAAUUGAGCUGUACCCUCAAGAGAAUAUGAUUUAUAUAAUUGGUUUAGGUGAUAAUGAGAAAGUAAUGAGGGAACAAAUGAGAAAGAGUCUUCUUGUAUUGGCUGGAAAAACUGAAUGUCUUUUUGAUCUCUUCUUUCAAACCUUUUCUGUAGUAUUAAAGGAAAGGUCCUUUAUUAAUGGUUUUCUUUUUGUGGACUUUAAAAAAAAUCAGCAGCUGAAAAUGCAAGAAGCAAAUGAAGGAGACUGGAAGAUAACAGUAGUCACUGGGGAUUUUGAAACAGCUGGCACAACAGCAACAGUAUUCCUUUAUGCUUAUGGAGAAAAAAAAGCUUCUGGUCCAAUUAUUUUGGGAUCUGGGAAACAGCAGCUGUUUAAUCCCAACAGUGAAGAUACAUUUAAGAUUAAUCUCAGAGGUCUUGGGCAGCUGUAUAAAAUCCGCAUUGGCCACGACAACUCUGGAAAUGAUCCCAGCUGGUACCUGGAGGAAGUCAGGCUUGAAAGAGCAGUCCCUGUGUCUGCUGAAGAGAUUUGUCUCCCCAUACAGAGCUGGCUUUCUGAAGACAAGGGUGAAGGUGACACGUGGAGAGAAGUGGCAAUAAGAAAGCCUGCAGAGGAGCUUUUGCCAUUAUUGGUGUAUGAGGUCCAUGUAUACACAGGGGCUAAACUUGGUGCUGAAACAGAUUCCAAUGUUUAUAUUAACAUCAUUGGGACAAGAGGAGAUGCUGGCAAAAGGAAACUCCAUAGAUCUAAGAAUAAUAAUGUUAAGUUUCGACAUGGACAGAUGGAUAUUUUCUGCAUAAAGGCUGUCUCACUGGGAGACUUGGAGAAAGUUCUGAUUAGCCAUGAUGGAGCUGGUCCAGGCAGUGGAUGGUUCCUGGAUAAGAUUGUCAUCAAACAUAAAGAAGGAGAGGAAGCUCAUGAGGUUGUAUUUCCUUGUAAUAGAUGGUUAGAUGAAUAUCAAGAUGAUGGGAAAACAGAGAGGGAGCUAACUGCCAAUACACAACGGUGGAGAGUGCAGGUUAAAACAGAUGGAGAUUCCCCAGAGCCACAGGAGUGUAAAAGGACCCUUGUGAUUUAUGGCUCAAAGGGCAAAAGUGAUGAGCUUCUGCUUUCUCCACAAACCCCAGGAUAUGUGUGCUUUCUCCCCAGAGCCACUGACGAAUUCAUUGUUGAGACUGGAGAUCUGGGAGAUGUCUACAAGAUCCGAGUCAGCUGUGAUGAUGUGCCAGGCUUCAGGGGCUGGCAUCUGAAGUCUUUUCACUUGCAAGAGCUGCAUAGGAAACAAGAACUGAACUUUGAGUGCAACUGCUGGCUCACUCUUAAGAGGGGGGAUAAGGAGCUGGUAAAAGAAUUCCCUGCAGUCACUGAGGACCAGAAAACUUUACCAGUCUAUAAAUAUGUUGUUUCCGUGCAUAUUGGUGACCGCUGGGGAGCAGGGACUUUUGCAAAUGUUUACAUCACUCUCUAUGGCAAAAGAGGGGACACAGGAGUGAGGAAACUUGAUACAUCUCUAAUGAAAGGAGGAAAAUUUCAAAGAAAUAAGGUGGACUCAUUUUUGGUGGAAGCUGUUUCUCUGAGUCAUUUGCAGAAAGUGGUCAUAGGUCAUGAUGGAGAAGGCUACGGGGCAGGGAUGUACCUCAAGAUGGUAACAGUCAAGGAAUCACAAGAUUCAGACAAAGAAUGGGUCUUUCCACUGUGGAACUGGCUUGAUACUCAUCUGGGUUUGUGUGAGACUGUAUGUGAAAUUGUAACAGUUGGUAGAAGGUCGACUCUUAGUCCUAAACUGCCUGAAAUCAACAUGAAGUCAUCAGGUUUCUGGAUAAUGGAUAUCACUGGAUCUGAUUUGAGUGCUGAAGAGGAGCCAAUUUGCCUUUCUUUUAUCUUCUACGGCAACCUGAGUCACAAAACGUUGCCACUUCAAGUCACAGGAAAAGCAAUUCAGAUCAAAGAUGAACUGGCAGGUAUUGGCUCAAUAUACAAAGUCCAGGUAACUGGCCCACACAGUGAGCUAAAACAGCCAUGGCACUUAGAUUUACUGCAUAUGAAGCACACAGACACAAAGGAGGAGAUGUAUUUAGCUUUUGACUGCUGGUUCAACCCUAAGGAAGACAAAUGUGUGGAGCUGCCAGCUCUCUAUGCAGAUCAGGAACCUUUGCCUGUUGUGGAGUAUGAAAUCCAUUUGCACACGGGGGACUUGAAGAAGGCAGAUGCCACUGGAGAGAUUUAUCUUCGUAUACAAGGAGAAAAAAGUGACUCAGGGAAGCGAUGGCUUAACUCAAAAAACAGCCUGAUCACUUUCGCUAGAGGGCAGGUGGAUAUUUUUAAAAUCAAAUCUGUAUACCUUGGCAAGUUGAAUCAAGUUUUUGUUGGAUUUAAAAGUCUAAGAAAAGAUGGGUGGUUUUUGGAAAAAAUUCUGAUAAAAGAAGUCUUCUACCCUUUUUCUACACAUGUUUUUUUUCAUGAUGGAUGGAUCAAUAAACGCUCUAAGGAAGAUUAUGCAGAAGUUGAAAUUCCACUCAAAGAGACAUCUGUGACAUCCCUUCCCAUGGAAAAUUUAGAUGCAAAAAGUAGAGGGCGAUGGCAAAUAUGGGUGCACUGCACACAAGUACCAGAAGAUGUUCCUAACAUUCAAGUUGUUGCAUUUGGAAGAAAAGGGAAAUCCCCUGCACAGAAAGUUCAAAAUCUGAGUGAUACUCCCUUUUUGUUGACCACUGGUGACAUUGGAGAUAUAACAAAAGUCUCCUUUUUGUUAUGUGGUCCAUCCUUGAGAAGAGGAAUUACUCUCCACAAGCUUCAGCUGAAAGACCUGGACACUAAACAAGAGUUGAGCUUUCACACUGAAGCCUCAUGUCUGUUUGGAGAAGGUGGAUCUGAGACCGUGACAGAGCUUGCUGCAGUCAGGCCAGACCAGCCACCACUCAGGGAAGUCCUUUACUUCAUCAAUGUCCAUACAGGAACACUUCCUGCAUCAGGAACUGAUGCAGAUGUAUUUAUCACAGUAUUUGGAGAGUGGGGAGAUUCCUGCAAAAGGAGACUUGGGCACUCACAUUUUGAAACAGGGCAGGUUUGUAUCUCUGAAAUGAGAGCAGUAGACCUUGGACAGUUAAGCAAAGUGCUUGUUGAGCACCAUAAUGUGGGUUAUGGAGCUGGAUGGUACCUCGACCAAGUUGUCAUCCAUGAAUCAGGCAAGACUGAAGAACAAUAUGUAUUUCUUUGCCAGCAAUGGUUAGACAGUGGAGUUGGUGAUGCACAGAUGGAACGAACAUUGAAACUUCUUGGAAAAGUCAGGAAUGGAGUGUUGACAGGAAAGAUUUAUGGGACUUGGGAUAUCCAUGUCACAACAAGUGAUAUUUCUUCUAGUUCCAUGAACCCUAAAAUGUCCCUGACUGUAUGUGGUGAAAAAGGAACUUGCACUUCAGUCACAUUCCCCAAAGGAUCCCUUAAAAAAGAGCAGAUUUAUGAGACUUCUAUUGAACUAAGUAAGAAAUUUAAUACUAUAUUCAAAGUUCGCCUAGAAAUUGAAGAAGCUGGAGAAGGAGAGACUUGGCAUUGCCGUGAGGUAAAGCUUCAACACAGAGAAUCUAAAAAUGUUCUAGAAUUCCCAUUUUGUCAUAACUUUGUCGAUGAAGAAGGAGGAAGAGUGACUGAGCUUCCAGUUCUCACAGCUGGGUCUCCUUUUCCAGCAGUGAAAAUCUAUGUUCUCUACAUCACCACGGGAGCUAUCCCUGGGUCAAGAACAGAUGCAGAUGUGUACAUCAUGCUGCAAGGCUCCUUGGGAGAUACUGGCAGAAGAAAGUUAAUUAGAAAAGGAGAUGAAAAUUUCACUAAAGGAAAGGUGGAUAUUUUUCAAGUGGAGGCAGUAGAUAUUGGUACUCUUCAAAGGAUGGUUGUUGAAAAAGGGAGAGGCUCUGACUGGCUUCUAGAGAAGAUUAUUGUGAAAGAGUCAGCAUCUUCAGGGACAGAAACACUGUUUAUGGCUCAAACGUGGCUUAAAGACAGACGUGAUGGAAAAAGAUCUGCCUCAGUAACUCUGGAUGUCACAGAAGUUCAGGAGAGGAGGAGUACAUCUGCCUGGCCUUUAGGAAGAGACCAAAUGAAUUCAGAAGGCAGAUGGAGGAUUUAUUUCACAAAGCAUCAAGAAGAAACAAAAUCAGAAUUUGAAAAGUUGUCAGAAAAUAUAUCCAAGAUGGUUAUGGUUUUUUAUGGAAGCAACGGCAAGUCAAAUCCAGUUUCCAUGGAAAACAAAGUGGAACAUCAGACUGAGAACCAAAUAACAUAUGAUAUACAUUUGCCAUCUGAUUUGGGAAUGCUUCAUAAAGUGAGGCUUGGUCUCCAGAGUUUGGAAAACAACAUAUCCCAGUUGUCUCUUCAUCACUUUAAAAUACAGAACACAUCAACCCUGGAUACCUUUAGUCUCAUCAUAAAUAAAACACUUCCUCUUUCUCCUAAUGGAGACAGAUGGGUUGAAUUCCCUAUACAGUGGCCAUUAAAAGAAGCACUUUCUGUGGUUACAUAUCAUCUAACAGUAUUUUCAAGAAAUAUUUUGAAUGAGAGAAAUUUAGUGCAUAUGACUGCAUGUAUCUAUGGUACUCAUGGUGACACAGGAGACAGAUCCCUUCUCCAGUCAUUGCAGAAUGUACAGGAGGAAGAGAAAAAUGAGUCAUUUCCAGUUAUGGUGGAUGCUGUUGACUUGGGAGAACUGGAAAAAAUUGUUCUUUUGAUCAGCAGUAAAACAGACUGCAAACUGGACAUUAAAAAAUUGCAUGUGCAAGAAGCUGCAAAGGAGCAUCCUAUCUAUGUAUUUGAAGUGAAUGAAGAAUUUUAUGUGAAUGCAAAUAAGCCCAAAAUACAGAGAGAAAUCCCAAGAUCUUUUGUUUUUAGAGGAGAGAAACAAAAGAAUGACAUAGAAAACAACUUGGAUAAAGAAGGAAGCAAAGUAAAAAAUUUGACAGAGUAUACUAUUAAAGUGUACACAGGUGACAAAAGGGGAGCAGGGACUGAUGCCAAUGUGCAUAUAAUUUUAUUUGGGAAUGAGGACAAAUCUGAGGUAUUUCAACUCUCUCAAUCACUGGAGCAUCAAAACCCCUUUGAAAGAGGAAAGGUUGAUACCUUCAAGAUUAAGACAAAAAACUUAGGCAGCCUAUGUUCAAUUGAAAUUGGCCACGAUGGGAAAGGAUUUGCAAGUGGCUGGUUUCUAGACAAAGUGGAAAUCACAGAUGCAGCUAGGAAUUCAGUGCAUUGCUUCAACUGUAACAGGUGGCUUUCUGAAGAUGAAAAUGAUGGCCUCACCAUAGUGCAGCUUUAUCCACAGCUGCUUGAUUCCUGA